ACUUAACUUCCACAAAGAUAUAGUUUGUUAAUAUUUGAUAUAUAUAUUCUCAUAUUACAAUUCUUAUCAUUGUUUAGACAAUGUUAUCUGCUAAACUGCAUUAUCAUAAGUGUAGCUGUACUCCGGUUUUUAUUUGCGCGUAUAUUCUAGCACAAUUCGUCAUUGUCUAACAUAUCGUCAUUAGCGAUUAUCGAGAUAAAUUUGUACAUUUUACGAUAACAUAAGAUCGUAAGAAACUGCGAAGAGUUUUUCAAUCUGGUGGCCGGCAUGGGUGAAGGCCAGCGAAGGCCGUAGAAUGCCAUACGAUUUUCGUAACGGAUAUUUGGAAAACUCAAUGUUGUUCAGAUUCAUCGAACGAUGAUCACAGACGUGAGAUGAUGCCUGCGAUGCCGAAUAAUUCUCGUCAACUAGUUACUUCUAACGGUGGUUCUGAGUGGGAUUCCUUGAUGGAAGUUCAUCAUGAACCAAUUGAAAAAAAUUAUGAGUUGUUAGAAGAAAUUGGAAAAGGUCAAUUUGCCAUAGUAAGAAAAUGUAUGGAAAUAAAUACUGGAUCAUUAUAUGCAGCCAAAAUUAUGAGAAAAAGAAGAGUUGCCAGAGGAGUAGCUGCUGCAGAUAUUGCUCGAGAAGCUGGUCUUCUGGCACGACUGAGACAUCCCAAUAUUGUUUCAUUGCACAAAGUGAUAGAUACAGGUACAACAGUUGUAUUACUUUUGGAGUUGAUUUCUGGAGGAGAAUUAUUUCACUGGACACCAUCGGGUGAAGUAGAAGCUGCACAUGUGGUACGUCAAGUUUUAAUGGCUCUUAGUCAUUUACAUUCUCAUCAGGUGGCUCAUCUAGAUAUCAAACCAGAGAAUAUUCUUCUUUCAUCUCCUCCUCCUAUGCCAAACAUAAAAUUAAUAGACUUAGGUCUUUCACAUCGUUUGGUUCCUGGUUCAGAACAUAGAGCACUGUUUGGUACUCCUGAAUUCGUGGCACCAGAAAUUGUUAAUUAUGAACCAUUAAGUCUUGGUACUGAUCUUUGGGCAGUUGGUGUACUUACAUAUAUACUUUUAAGUGGUGCAUCACCAUUUUUAGGAGAAGAUAAACAAGAAACGUACGCAAAUGUAGCAGCCUGUCAAUAUCAAUUUGAUAAUGAAUACUUUAGUACUGUAUCAGAAAUUGCUAAAGAUUUUAUAAGAUCCUUGUUGAUCAAGGAUCCAAAAGAAAGAGGAAGUGCAGAAUCGUGCCUUAAACAUCCUUGGAUCCUUACGGAAUCUGAAGCAUCUAAUGGACUUGGUGGAGCUAUGAUCAGUGCAGUCAAGCGUGGUUGUGUUGAAGCUGUUUCCCAAUUAUUGUUGCAAGGAGCCCCAUUGAACAUGAAAGAUUCUAAAGAAGAUACACUUUUACACAUAGCUUGUGAAGCUGGAGAUGAAGGAAUGGUUACAUUAUUGAUAGAAAAUGGAGUAGACUUGGAUACACCAAAUAAAAAAGGCCUAACGCCAUUACACGUGGCUGCUAGGCAUGGUCAUAUCAAUGUUGUUAGACAUUUGUGCCUUGCUGGUUGUGACGUUGAUAAGACGAAUCGUGGAAUACGUGCUGAUGUUACAGCAAUUAAAUAUGGUUAUCCAGAUAUUGCAAAUCUAUUAGACAAGCUUCGGAUACCAACACAACGUGAAAAUUAUAUUAGACAAUUGCAACCUACACAUAGACCAAUUGAUCGUUUACAUAUAAGACUUUUGGGACAUUGUGCAUCAGGAAAAUCCUCUUUAAUUAGUUCUUUGAAAUCUGGAAUUUUUAGUUUCGGUUUUUUUAGGAGAUCUAGGAGUCAAAAUUAUUCAACAAAGAAUAAUUUUAUUCAGAGAGAACCAAGUAUUGAGUUAGAUGUUACUAGUAAACAUGGUUCUCUCAGUUUUGAAUAUAGUGAUAGUGAAUAUGAAGGUACACAAGGUGUGGAAUGGAGUCGAGGAAACGUCGGAGGAGAAUGCGUAUUUUGGGAAUUAUGUGGCAGAGAAGAAUAUUUAGCAUCUUACCACUAUGUACUUACAUUUCAGCAACCAGCAGUUCACCUUAUUACAGUUAGUCUUCGCGAACCGCUUACUGUCCAACUUCAGCAAAUAAAAUUUUGGCUUCGUUUUAUUGUAGAUCGAAUUACACCAAACAGUAUUGGGUUUGCUGGGAAAUGCAGUGAUAUAAAAGUCAUUUUAGUGGGUACUUACGCGCCGGAGCCUUUAGCACCGAAUUCCAGCGGUGGUAAUCUUCUCGCACCACUCUUACCUUUUUUGAAAGAUUUUACAUUGAUUUUGGGAGAUGAUCCUCAAAUGGUAGCGGUGGAUGCGACCAAUCCUUCUAGCCCUGGUUUGAAGCUGCUCAGAUCUUAUUUAAAUAAUGCAAGGAUGGAGUUUCUUGAGGAUGGACCGGAAGUUGCAGAAAGUUUUCUCCGACGUGACACGCCGCGUGAAGCGGCCAUGUACGUGCCCCUGGCGAAUCUUGAUAAACAGAGUGCUUUGGUAUGGACUGGUCUUGCUGAAUCAUGGAGAACAUAUGUACAAUCUUUGGAAGUACCUCCAGUAAUGCUUACACAGGAUGAAUUUUUGAAUGAAAUCAGAAAAAUCAAUCCAUUGGUUUGUUUAGAGCAUUCUAAACAACUUGGAUUACAGUUACAGAAUUUAGGAGAAUGUUUACUUCUUCCUGGCGAUUUAAUAGUUCUUAGCCCAGAAUGGUUUUGGCAAGAUGUUAUAAAUUGGCAAUUAAGUCCUGACCAACGGGGUCGUCUUGGAGGACGUACUACAGGAGUUUAUACUUUAGAAGAUUUUCAGGCACGAUGUCCUUGUCCAGCGAGUCAAGCUUUACAAGCUUUACAAGCUGUUAAUUUGUGUGUUCCGUGUGAAGUAGAUGACGAUGAAGUGGAAUAUGAAUUACCUUGUUUGAAUCUGGUAGAACGUCUUCCUGGUUUAUGGGAGCCGUGGAAAUCAUCUACGAAUUCGUUGCCACACGCAGGUCUUCGUCUUUGUCCAGCAGAGGCUCCUUUAUACCAUUUAUCUCCGAUAUUUCCACACUUACAAGCUCAAUUGCGAAAAAUUACUCAAACUUGGGAUCCAUCAAAUUCGGAUCUAUACCAAUGGUGGAGAGGAUCAAAACUGUGUGUGGGUCCUUGCGAAAGUAUCGUAACAUUCGAAGAGGAGGAACAAAGUUGUAUAGAAAUUCGAGUACGAGGACCUCGUGGAUCUAGUGCUCAAUGUUUCGGACUUUUUAGUGUUAUUUUAGAUGCUGUCAAUGCUACUCUUGAUUUAGUAGCACCUGGAAUGCUACUUGAGAAGCAUUGGCUUAGUCCAAGUCAGCUUCAAGGAUAUAGCGAUGUAAUACAUUCUUGGGAACCUGCAACAAUAGUCUCGGCCUUAAUAGAUAAAAAUUUGGAAGAAGCUAUACUUAAAAAUCCAAUUAACAAUCAAGAAGAAAGCAUUUGGGACAUUGUUGGUUGUGGGUUACCCCUGAUGGAGAACUGUCUUCCAGGAACAAGACAACCUCUUAAGAGUAUAAAACCUGCUGUAAAAAGAAGAUUAGCUGAAAUGCUAGAUCCACCUGAUCAUCAUGGGAGAGAUUGGUGUCUUCUUGCUGUAAGGUUGGGUUUGGGAGAUCGAGUUGCACAAUUGGACAGUACAGUGGACAGUCCGACGCUCAGGUUACUAAAUUGUACAGGCACGGAUUGUACUGUCAGUUCUCUUAUACAACAGUUACGUGCGCUCGAUCGUGGAGAUGCUGUGCAUCUCUUGCUUUCUCAUACGCCGGUGUAUGUUUUAUCGAUGGCUAUUGACUCUGAAACAGGAUCUAAUCUUUCCAGAUGACGAUGCUGCGCUUAUCGACGAUGCAUCAAUACUUUCUAGAUUAAACAACCAAAUUUUUAAUACUGCAGCACUUGAAAUUGCCAAAGCAUCACUGUUUCCGCCCGUUAUAAAUGUUGUAUUAAUUAUGUAAGUAUACUAAGUAUUUAUGUCAUCUCUUAAUGACACCAACUGCGUUUAUUGUGUAAUUUUAUACGUCGGUUUGAAAAAUAACGUAUGCGUGGCACUUUGCAAAUUUAUUACUUAGACGAUAUACUUUACGCGGCAAAGUUAAAAACAUUGAAGAUUUUUUACAGCUGCAUUUUAAGGAUGAGCGCGAUUACAUCUUCAAUCAAUUCGCUGUACUUUGUAAAAGUACAGAUAAAACGUUUGUCUUUAUACAACAUUCGUAUCAUGUUCAUUGCAUUGGCAUAAGUAGUAGGUAUUAUAUGUAUAAUACAGUAUUCCUAUAGAUUAUUUAACGUAAGGAGAUCUUAUUUCUCUGAAAUGCAUUCCUAUGCGUCAGUAUACAAAUUUUUCUGCAUCAUGUUAUCAUUCCUUAUAACGCUAUGAAAAGAAUCAAUCUCUGAAGACAAGAAAAUAAAUCAAUAUGCUACAUAUCUAGCCAAAAACAGAAGUACCAUUAUAAUAAACCAGAUAUUUAUAUCCAAGAAUAUUUCUAAAUAUUAUGCGUAAGCAUAAAAAACGAAGCAAUUUCGUACUACACACAUAAAAAAAAAAAUGAAUUUGAUAUCGAUAUUCUUUCGAAAGCUUUUUUGGUAUUCAUAUAACAAUAUCUUAUCAAAUAUCAAUUGUCAAUAUGCACUGUUUUCAUUUAGCAAAAUAUGUAUAUAAUAUUUGUAUGUGAAUGAAAACAAAAAAAUUUGCACAAUUUUUAAAAUUAAUUGUAAGUAUGUUAUGUGAUAUGCUUGUUCAUAUGAGAUGUACAUUUCUUAUUAUCUUGCUACGUACAGCUGUGAGAGACUUUAUACUAAAAACUUCACAAGUAACAUAUAACUCUUGGUUAGUAUUUAAUAAGUAGUUAUGGAAAAUUGAAAAAAAAGUUUUUCCAUUAUUUAUAUAUGGAUUAAGUGCUUAUUAUGAUUUGUGAUUUGAUUACAUGCUGGAGCAUGUAAUUUUUUAUACAAUAUUUAAUACACGUUUCUGCCAGAAUAUAUAUCUAUUAUUACAACUUACGGAUGAAAGAUUCUUAAGAAUGCGAUAUUUCCUUCUAAGGUUUAAAAUUUCUAAUUAAUCUUGUCGUUCAAAAGCUUUGUUAUAAUCGAGUAACGUAAUGUAUUGUUUAAACAUACGUAUUUACAAAUCGCGAAGAUUGAAUGUUACUUUUUAAGAAAAGUAAAUGCAUACAAUCUAAGUUUAUAUUAUAUUCGUACUAAUAUUAAUUAAAAUGCCAAACAAAUAACACAUAUGGAAUAUAACAUUAUGAAUUCAAUAAGAAUUUGAAAAUUUUUGGAUAUUAUCUUAUAUUUCUAUUAUGUAUGUCAAAAACAAACAAUUUCAUAAUUAUUGUAUUCUAUUUAAGACUUUAUAAGGAUGUGUUCUCGUUGCUUGCUAUUAGCAUUUAAAUAUGUUUUGUAAUUCUUGUUAUGAGAAGAACAGUUAAUGUAUGUAUGUAUGCAGUUUUCAAAAAUUUCGAAUAUCUGCGAUACGCUUUGGAAAGUUUGUGUUCUAGAAAUAUUGCUUUUUGUGAUAUAAUAUUAAAUCUAAAAAAGAUGUUUGGAAAUACAUUUGGAACAAUGAGACUGUGCACGAUAAGCGCGUGCAGUUUGCAAAAUAUAUAAGAGGUUUAAAACAUAAGGAAAUAGUUAUUUGUAAGUUCUAAAAGGUUUCUAAAAAAAGGUGUAAUGUGAGUAUCGGGGAUAUAUACGGUAUCUGGAUUAGAUUUUUUUUUUGAUCAUCUAUACUCCCCACAUACACACACACACACACACA